GAGAGACAAACCUCCCAAAGCUAAAAGGACUACGGCAGCCGCAGUUUAUUUCAUGGAAUGGGCGGGAACUGCUCUCAAAGCAUAUACAGACGCUAUAGACGAAAUCUACUCCAUUCCUUUGAAAGAGCAGUGUACGAAGAUCAAAGCGAAGCAAGAUGAUAAAAACGAGGGAGCAGAGCCAGUAAAGGGCGAACAUGAUCAACUUAUAAUUCGUCUAAAAGAAGCAGCGUCCAAAGUAACAGAAUGGAGCAACUCUGGGUCAAACCAAACAAGUUUCAUGCGAAACAGAGAGGUGUCUCUGGCUGAAAUGGCUGCCAUGUACCGUUUGAGGACCUUAGUUUCGAUGUCAGCGGAUUUGGUUGAAGUGAUCGCAAGAGCAAAGAUGUGGACGAAGCUAAAUUUAGAGCUUAUCGAAAAGUUCCGCACCAUCGAUGUGCUUCCAAUGUCCCUAACGAUUUUUGAAGCCACAUGUGCCCUUGGCGAGAUCUUCCAUUUGAAAUCGAUAGAUCGCAGUGCAGCAAAGUCAGAAUACAAACGUCAUCUUCGCGCGCGUGCUGAAGACGAUUAUAGAGCUGGUGAAAAUAAACCAUUUGUGAUCGGCGAUGCGAAAUCUUACAUCCCUCCACUGGAAGCUCAGAUUAAUUAUUACAGAACAUGCGUUCACCUUAUUGGUAGCGCUUUGAUAACGAUGAUUCAAACCUACAUGAAUUCUAUCUCUUUAGAACAGUUGGAUCUGCGUACAAGGGAGGUGAAAGAUUUGCUCGAUCGUCUUCCGCCCAUGUAUCUCAAAAUCAAAACUGACAUUCCACUUUCCAAGAAUACCGCUAAAUUACUCGAGGACUACCCGCCAAAUAAGUUGCAGUUUCCGCUGGCGCCAUUGGGAGACAAAAAAGACAACGUUUGCCGAUCUGGUAAGGUCGUGCGCAAAGAUAUAGACGAAGUUCAGAUAGAAUCCACACUUCAGUCAGACAAGAUUUUGAAAAAUGGCAGGGUGAUCGCCAAAUCACUUCCAAACAACGGCAAAAACCAGAAGAUGUCAGGAGAAAAAGGCUGAGAUCAAAAGUGUAAAGCGGUUAUGAC